UUAUUGGUGGUGAUAACUAAAAAAAAAAAACCAAUCAGUGUAGAAAUAAAAUUUUAACAAAAAUGAUUAUCGUCAAAGUGUUUAUUCUUAUUGCAUUUAUCUCUGUAUCCAAUUCAAAAAGCAACUUUAUGCCCAACUUACCUAUGGGAGAAUAUCGUACCGUACUUGAGAAAACAUAUACUUGUGAGUCAACAAAUUUAUUUCAAUUUAAUCUUUAUUUUAGUAAAAAGACAUUUAACACAACAGAGAUGAAAGGAAAUGUAACAUUCUUGUUACCUUUUGACGAUACUCUUACACUUGAUAUAAACGCUGAAUCAUGGGGUUCAAUUGGGGGUUGGAAACCAAAUGCAAUGGUUUACACUACAAAGAACGCAUGUAGUAAUUUUAAAAAACUUCUAGGGAAGGUGUGGAAUACAUUAACAGAUUCAUUUAAUAUUCACACCAACAAUUGUCCAAUACCAAGGGGAACAUUUGUAACAACAUUUGUUGACUUGAAGGAAUUAGAAAAUCAUAACGCUCCAAAGGUGUUUUUUUAUGGAAAAUAUAAGUAUAUAUUCAAGUUUAAAAAUGAACAAAAUAAAAUACUUGGUUGCUUUGUUAUGGAGGUGACUCUUCUUCGACCUUGGGAAAAACCAGCUUAAUCAAAUUUAAAAAAAAUAAUAAUAUAAUAUGUAGCAAUUUUAAUUAUUCUGUCUUUUAAUAUUUUUUUGUUGUAUAAUCAUUAUUUGUAUUAUACAUUAGUUAUUAGUCACCAUAGAUUAUUAUAUCAAUAUAUUACAUAUUUUUUUUCCGAA